GUUCCAGUAUCGUGCUACGUGCAAAUAAUAGCGCCCAUACUAUACAAAAAUAAUUCAAAAGAUAAUCCUCGUUUAUAUAUUCAUUUGUUUUUUUAUAUAAUUACAUUUCCCAGAGAUUAAACGGCGUCGAAAAGCUAAUGCAAAACUUGUCAAGAAAUUGAAGUGUAUAUCUUGUUCCACUUGUUUCUUCUUUGUCAAUGUCAACCAAUCACGAUGCUAUGUCGUGUCCAAGUGGAACUACGGCAAGCAGCUGGGUCUGGUGUCACUGUCAAAGCUGUGACCGCUUAUUGUUAACCGGGCACCGAAAAACAAGCGCACACAACGCCGAUUAUCCAGCAGAAUGAGACGUCACAGUCUCCUCCUCUUCCUGUCCUCCUGUCUUCUGUGUGUCCGCUGUCAGCAUCAGAGACAGCCCCCCGUUGUCAAGAGUGCAGCUCACUUAUCGGGGCAUGGUCACGGCCGCCUCGACAAAAAUAUGGUCCAGGAUAAAGACCACAUUCUGGAGCAUCUGGAGGGUGUGAUUGACAAACCAGAAAAAGACAUGUCACCUCAGGAGCUUCAGCUUCACUAUUUUAAGAUGCACGAUUAUGAUGGCAACAACCUUUUAGACGGGCUGGAGUUGGCUACAGCGAUCACCCACGUCCACAGAGAGGAAAGAGGCGAGGACAGCCAGCCAAUACAAGAAAACGAUCUAAUCAAGCUCAUCGACGACGUUCUGAGGGAUGAUGACAAGAACAAUGACGGUUACAUAGACUACGCUGAGUUUGCCAAAUCACUGGAAUGACACAUCACCACGUUUAAUACUGGUGUCACCUCUUUGUCAAGCUGUUUACACCCCCCCCCCCCACCCCCACGGUAAAAGCACCAUUCUCUCUUGCAAGGACCAGUCUUGUCGGUAGCAAAUAAAGUUUUCUCUCCCAUCUGAAGCAGCAAAUCUGCCAAUUUAAAACAGCCAAAUGGGAAACGUAUCCCUUUUUAGGUUAUACCUUGCGAGCAAAAAAAUAAAUAAAAAUCUGCACUUUCCAUUCUUGCAGUUUCCUACAAUUAGUGCCUUUGUAAAGGCUGCUUCACCCAAAUCAAAUGCUUUUUUUUCCCCCCCAGUCCCUUUGGAGUGUCUGGCCAAGGUUGCAUACCUUGAUUUUGGCAGUGUAAAGAUGGACUACCACUGAAGGGAUUAUUACACAAACCAAAAAGAGUGCUGUAUAAUUAAUACCAGUGCAUACAACAUGUUAGGGGGAAACUUUCUGUUUCUUCCGGAAACUUGUAUCUUGAUGUUGAUUGUCAAAGUACAAAUUUACACAUAGAAGGCAAUGGCUGUCAUACUCGCUGUGUUCACGCGUCCGGCGGGAUACGUGACAGGAAAGUGUCAUCGCAGAGUGAAUGUAUCGCAGUGCCUGUGCAAUGCUGCCUCUUAUCACUGGAUGAGAUUGACUUGCUGCUGUUUGUUUGUAAACUCGUGAAGCUCAAAUCACACACAUGCACAACUUGACAUAUUAGCUGCCUCAAGAUGAAAACAUCUUUGAAACUGUCAAAUCCAUCUGUGAGUUUUUGAUAAUGUACAGUUUAUGAAUUCUAUAAAUAUAUAUUUUCCCAUCUUG